AUGGCCGCGGACCUGCGCGGGAAGGCCGACACUCUGGCCCUGAGGCGGCGGCUCAUCGGCUCUUCCUGCAGACUCUUUUUCCCUGAGGAUCCUGUUAAGAUCGUCCGGGGCCAGGGACAGUACAUGUAUGAUGAACAAGGAGCAGAGUACCUCGAUUGUAUCAACAAUGUGGCUCACGUUGGGCACUGCCACCCUCUUGUGGUCCAAGCGGCACAUGAACAGAACCAGAUGCUCAAUACCAACAGCCGGUACCUGCACGACAACAUCGUCGAUUAUGCACAGAAGCUUUCAGAGACCCUGCCGGAGCAGCUGUGUGUCUUCUAUUUCCUGAAUUCUGGGUCAGAAGCCAACGACCUGGCCCUGCGGCUGGCCCGCCAGUACACGGGACACCAGGACGUGGUGGUGUUGGACCACGCGUACCAUGGCCACCUGAGCUCCCUGAUCGACAUCAGCCCCUACAAGUUCCGGAACCUGGACGGCCAGAAGGAGUGGGUCCAUGUGGCACCACUCCCAGAUACCUAUCGGGGCCCCUACCGGGAGGACCACCCCAACCCUGCAGAGGCCUACGCCAGGGAUGUGGAGCAUGUGAUCAGCGAUGCCCAGGAGAAGGGCCGAAAGAUUGCAGCGUUCUUUGCGGAGUCUCUGCCCAGUGUGGGAGGGCAGAUCAUCCCCCCUGCGGGCUACUUCCCCAGAGUGGCUGAGCACAUCCGCAGAGCCGGAGGGGUCUUUGUAGCCGAUGAGAUUCAAGUUGGCUUUGGUCGUGUGGGAAAGCACUUUUGGGCCUUCCAGCUGCAGGGGGAAGACUUUGUCCCUGACAUUGUCACCAUGGGCAAGCCCAUCGGCAACGGCCACCCUCUGGCCUGUGUGGCCACAACCCAGGCUGUGGCAAGGGCGUUUGAAGCCACCAGCGUCGAAUACUUCAACACGUUUGGAGGCAGCCCUGUGUCCUGUGCUGUGGGACUGGCUGUCCUGGAGGUUUUGGAGAAGGAGCAGCUCCAGGUUCAUGCCACCAGUGUGGGAGAUUUCCUGAUGGAGCUCCUCAGGCAGCAGAAAGCCAAGCAUCCCAUCAUCGGGGACAUCAGGGGUGUCGGACUCUUCAUUGGUGUAGAUCUGAUCAGAGAUGAGGCUACAAGAGAGCCAGCAACUGAAGAGGCUGAUUAUCUGAUCUCCAGGCUGAAGGAGAACUACAUUUUGCUGAGUACAGAUGGCCCUGGGAGAAAUGUCCUUAAGUUUAAGCCCCCAAUGUGCUUUAGCUUGGAUGAUGCGAACCAUGUGGUAGCAACGCUGAAUGCUGUCCUGACUGACAUGGAGAUGGACCUGAGAAGCUGUGCCACCCUAAGGCUGUAG